AUGAGAUUGAAACUUCGAAAUAAAGAUAAUGUUAUAAUUAUCGCAACUUUGAAUGAAAAUUCUUUGUUCAAAGAAUUAACUGAAACAAUAAGUAACCUAACAGGAAUCCCACCUUUACAUCAAGAAUUAAAAGUAGGAUAUCCGCCAAAAGUAUGUAAAGCUAACGAUAACGAUACUAUAGCUUCAACCGGAAUACAGAAUGGGGAUACCAUUAUCCUUACUGAAUUGUCUCUGGCAGAAGUAUUAAAUAUUGAACAAAGUACUCCAACAGUAUCAGCGACUGUUCCGUCUACUAAUAUACCCACACCUACGUCAAGUUCAAAUGAUAUUAUAUCAGUUCCUACGGAAAAUGGUUUCGUUGUUUUAAGGGAAAUGGCUGACGAUAAUUCGUGUCUGUUUCGUGCAAUUGUUGUUAUUGAUCAUAUAAAAAGAAAUCCUGAAAAUUAUUCGGAUGUAUUUUUGGGAAGACCAAGAGAAGAAUAUUGCUCUUGGAUUUCACAAAAAAAUAGUUGGGGAGGUGCAAUUGAACUUUCUAUUUUUGCAAAUCACUACAAAGCUGAAAUUCGUAGUGUUGAUGUAGGGAGUGGAAGGAUCGAUCGAUAUGGUCAAGGGCAAUAUGAUCAAUGCGUAUUUGUUAUUUACAGUGGCAUUCAUUAUGAUGCUAUUGCUUUAACUCCAAUACUCGAUGCAAGUCAAGAAUAUGAUCAAACGAUUUUUAGUACAACAGAUGAUGUAAUUCUAAAAGCAUCAUUAGGUGUUGCUGGUAAAAUGAAACAAUUACACAAGUAUACAUAUACAUCUGAAUUUACCUUAAGAUGUGGUCAAUGUAAACAAGGAUUAAAAGGAGAUCAAGAAGCUAUACAACAUGCUAAGCUAACAG